AGAAAAGAGAUGCAAAGGAAACAGCAAGAGCAGUGCCAGUGAGCACUGAGCAGUAGUCGAGUGAUGAGCGGUGAGUGCAGUGCUAGUGGUGCGGGAGGUUAUUAAUAGUGUCGAGAGAGAUGCGGGUUUGGCGGCAGAGAUGACUGAGCUCGGUGACGACCACUAUGCGGUGCGGUUCCGUGACGACGUGCGUUUCUGGAUCCAGCGCGUGUUUGUGCCGCUGGUGGUGUUUGUCGGCCUGCUGGGCAACUCGGUGACUGUCGUGGUGCUGACGCGACGCCGCAUGUCGUCCUCUACCAACACCUACCUCACCGCCCUCGCCGUCGCCGACCUCCUCUACCUGCUCGGCAUCUUCUACCUCUCCGUCGAGCACUACCCUGACGUGCAUCUCACCACUCACGCCUGGUACUGGGUCUACUACCGAUUCAUCAUCUGGUUCACCGAUGUUGCCAGUGCAGUGUCGGUGUGGCUGACAGUGUCGUUUACGGUGGAGCGUUACAUCGCCGUGUGCCACCCGCUGCGCGGCAAGGUCAUCUGCACCGAGAAGCGGGCGAGGCGAGUUAUCUUGGCCAUCUUCGCACUGUGCACCCUGGCGACGGUGACCACCCCGUUCGAGUACUACGUCCGCACCGAUACCAACCCCAACACCAACCAGACGUCCAUCUCCAUCGGACACACCGCCCUGGCCGACAACGACAUCUACCGCGCCUUCUUCUACUGGUUCUGGGCGUUCGCCUUCGUCUUUGUGCCUCUUGUGCUGCUCGCCGUAUUCAACACUAUCCUCGUUGGCACCGUUCGCCGCAGCAUACGCCAGCGCGGACUUACUGAGGUGGAAACCAACUGCCGACAGAAGCAAGAGAACAAGAUCACAAUGACGCUGAUAGCCGUAGUGUUUCUGUUCAUGGUGUGUCAGACGCCGCAGGCAUUCCUUCUCAUAGUCACUUACUUCUACAGUCCAAGUAGAAAAUCGCUGGGACACUUUGUGCUCAGAGGACUUGGUAAUAUUGCCAAUUUCCUAGUGGCUAUCAAUGCAGCGUCAAAUUUCAUUUUAUAUUGUGCUAUGAGUGAUAAGUACAAGAGGACUUUGAUAAUAACAUUUUUUCCAUGCCUAUCCACUAGGCAUAGGAGAUCACAUACUUUCAAUUCGAAUGUUGCAAGCUAUGAAAAUUCAUCUAUACGUAUUGUAUCGAGGCAUUCGUGAUUUUUAAUCUUCGAUUGACCUCUUGAAACCACUUUUUCAUCUACUUCACAUUGUUCAUAUAUUUUCGUCUUGUAAUUCGAUCAUGAGUAUUAUUUAAUUUCGUGUGAGAAUAGAAUAAUUAAUAUCAAUAAGGAGACCAUUCUUAUAAAAAUAUUGUAUGUUAUUGUAAAUACAAAGAAAACUAAAACCGUUCAA